ACGGCAGCCAGACCGCGGCCCGGGCUGAGCCCACCCUCCACCCAGGAGCCCAUGGCUGGGGACAAAGCCAAACCCUGUGAGCUGGACCAAGAAAAAUACGACGCUGAUGACUACGUGAAGAUCAUCUGCCUGGGGGACAGUGCCGUGGGCAAGUCCAAACUGAUGGAGCGGUUUCUCCUGGAUGGCUUCCGGCCGCAGCAGCUGUCCACCUAUGCCCUGACCCUGUACAAGCACACAGCCACCGUGGACGGCAGGACCGUCCUUGUGGACUUCUGGGACACGGCGGGCCAGGAGCGGUUCCACAGCAUGCACGCCUCCUACUACCACAAGGCCCACGCCUGCAUCAUGGUGUUCGACGCGCAGCGGAAGGUCACCUACCGCAACCUGGGCGCCUGGUACGCCGAGCUCCGCGAGUUCCGGCCCGAGAUCCCGUGCGUCGUGGUGGCCAACAAGAUCGACGCCGACAUGAGGGUGACGCGGCGGAGCUUCAACUUCGCCAGGAAGUUCUCGCCGCUGUACUUCGUCUCGGCCGCCGACGGCACCAACGUGGUCAAGCUCUUCAACGACGCCAUCCGCCUGGCGCUGGCCUACAAGCGCACCUCCCGCGACUUCAUGGACGAGGUUCUGCGCGAGCUCGAGAACUUCGACCUGGAGCAGGAGGCUGAUGCCACCCCAGAUGCGGCGCCGCAGGACAGCACGAGCCCAGGUGCCCCCGGGCAGGGCCUGGCACCCCCCCUCUGCCAGCGGCGCCCCCCGGCCCGUGACCCCGGCCCCCGCCCGCCCCCCCGCCCAGGUGACCCUGGCGGCAGCCGCGGGCGGCGAGCACCAGACGCGCUGUGUGUGUCUCUUGAAUAAAGACCCCUGCCAAAUCUGUUGCAAAGG